GCAGCCAGGCUGGGUUCAGCUGCAGCUCUACCUCCGGUUGCAAGGCAGAGAUGGCGACCGCGACUCAGCUACUGGGCCGCCGAGUAGUAAGCUGGAGGCUGCGGCCGCUGCUGCCGCCCCUCGCUGGCCUCAUUUCCCAGAGGACCCACUCUCUGCUGCCUGUGGAUGAUGCGAUCAACGGGCUAAGUGGGGAGCAGAAGCAGCUUCGUCAGACUAUGGCUAAGUUCCUUCAGGAGCACCUGGCCCCCAAGGCCCAAGAGAUUGAUCGUAGCAACGAGUUCAAAAACUUGAGAGAGUUUUGGAAGCAGCUGGGGAACCUGGGAGUUCUGGGGAUCACAGCCCCUGUUCAGUAUGGCGGCUCCGGCCUUGGCUACCUGGAACAUGUGCUGGUGAUGGAGGAGAUAUCCCGAGCGUCUGGAGCAGUGGGGCUCAGCUAUGGUGCCCACUCCAACCUCUGCAUCAACCAGCUUGUGCGCAAUGGGAAUGAGGCCCAGAAGGAGAAGUAUCUCCCCAAGCUGAUCAGCGGUGAGUACAUUGGAGCCCUGGCCAUGAGCGAGCCCAAUGCUGGUUCUGAUGUUGUUUCCAUGAAGCUCAAAGCAGAAAAGAAAGGAGAUCACUACAUUCUGAAUGGCAACAAGUUCUGGAUCACCAAUGGCCCUGAUGCUGACAUUAUUAUAGUCUAUGCCAAGAAUAAUCUGGCUGCUGUGCCAGCUUCUCGGGGCAUCACAGCCUUCAUCGUGGAGAAGGGUAUGCCUGGCUUCAGCACCUCUAAGAAGCUUGACAAGCUGGGGAUGAGGGGUUCUAACACCUGUGAGCUAAUCUUUGAAGACUGCAAGGUUCCUGCUGCCAACGUCCUGGGCCAUGAGAGUAAGGGCGUGUACGUGCUGAUGAGUGGGCUGGACCUGGAGCGCCUGGUGCUGGCUGGGGGGCCCCUCGGGCUCAUGCAAGCUGUCCUGGACCAUACCAUUCCCUACCUGCACAUGAGGGAAGCCUUUGGCCAGAAGAUUGGCCACUUCCAGUUGAUGCAGGGGAAGAUGGCCGACAUGUACACCCGCCUCAUGGCAUGUCGGCAGUAUGUCUACAAUGUCGCCAAGGCCUGUGAUGAGGGCCACUGCACUGCCAAGGACUGUGCAGGAGUGAUUCUUUACUCAGCUGAGUGUGCCACAAAAGUAGCCCUGGACGGCAUUCAGUGUUUUGGUGGCAAUGGCUACAUCAAUGACUUUCCCAUGGGCCGCUUUCUUCGAGAUGCCAAGCUGUAUGAGAUCGGGGCUGGGACCAGUGAAGUGAGGCGGCUGGUCAUUGGCAGAGCCUUCAACGCAGACUUUCACUAGCCCCAAGACCCAUCAUCCCCUUUUCCCAGCACCUAGAGGCCUUUCUUUGCAAGUAGAGACAUGGUAGCUCUCCUGCUCUGCCUGAGGCAGACCCUGUUGCUCAGCUGCCCUUCUUGUGUCAGCCUUCUGGCCUCUGCAUGGCUGCCAAGCAUCAUGGGCCUCACAGCCAGGCCAGCAGCCAGGACAGUUUCAGGGGCUUAAAAUGCACUCUGCAGUGAGUAUGUUGGCUGCUAUGGUGAUUGCUGAGAUAAGCCUUGCCCUUCGUCUCUAACUUUUAACCCUGAUGUUCCCACCUCCAAUGGUGGGCACCUGGGGGCAUGUAGGUGCCCACCUCUUUCUCUUAGAUGAGCCUCUGGAAGAGAACUCUCCCUGCUCAAGUAUAGCAAAAGCAUUGGCCCUCUUUAUUUACUGGAGCUUGAUACUGGAUGCCCAAUCUGGAAAAUCCAAAAUUUGAAACAUUACUGGUCCCUGCUCGGGAGGCUGAGGCAAGAGAAUCACGUAAGCCCAAGAGUUAGAGGUUGCUGUGAGCCGUGUGAAGCCACGGCACUCUACCCAAGGGCUGUACAGUGAGACUCUGCCUCUACAAAAAAAAAAAAGAAACAUUGCUGGUCCCAAGUAUUUUGGAUAAGGGAUAAUCAACUUGUAGACUCUUUUCUGGGGAAAAAAGUCAAAAAGACCACCCUGUUUCAAAGUCCACCCUGCAUCUUUGUGGACAUGUGUGCUGUUAAGAAUCUACAAAAGGGCAGAGCGUGGGGCGUCUGUGUGCUCUUGGAGGAUCAACUCCUCAGCAGCCCCUGAUCCUUCCACUCCAUACUGCCCUACCAUGGAACUGUUGAGUCCUGGGCAUGUGACCAUCCACAGCUGACUGGGCAGCAGGCACAGGUCCUACCUGAGCAGGCCUGGAUUGGCUGGACUCCAAUACACUCCUGCAUACAUUUCUCUAAACACCCUAUGGCUAAUUUUGUUAUAAUUGCACAGUGGCUGCUGCCAUUUUGUAUUAAACAUAUUGUGAAGCAAACCCAUCUGCUCCUAAGCAGUGUUUUGGGAGAGAAGCAGUCUACUUGCUGUUACCUCCUGUCUAGAUCCAGCCCAUGUCCUUGAGGAGGGUUUGGGCCAGGUGCUAUUUCUGCCCUCCAGCCUGCUCCUUGGUAAUGGAGGACAAGAGGGUAAAAUUAGCCCUUAAAGAUCUCCCAGUGAUUUUUAAAGGAAAUAAGGAGCUCAAAGUGGUAAAGUCUUCAAGCUAGAACAAAGCUUACAAAUUUCUGGAAACCGGGCGGCGCCCGUAGCUCAGUGGUUAGGACGCUGGCCACAUGUACCAGGGCCACAUGUACCCAGCCCCAGCCUGCUAAAAUCAAACAAACAAAAAAAUAGCUGGGCAUUGUGGUGGGCGCCUAUAGUCCCAGCUACUCAGGAGGCUUAAGCCCAAUAAUUGGAGGUUGCUGUGUGCUGUGAUGCCACAGCACUCUACCAAGGGCAACAGAGUGAGACUCUGUCUCAAUAAAAAACCAAACAAACAAACAAAAAAUAAAUAAAUAAAUAAUAAAUUUCUGGAAACCAUCCUUAAGGUUUUUAGAACACCAAGACAAUUUGACUUUGUCAAGGUCAGAACUGGGGCUAGAAUCCAGAUCUGUUAAGUGGCAAAAAUGAGAGUGUUCUGAGAAUUCCAGCCUGAGACCAACCCCAUUGCACAGCAGCUUGGAUGGAGCAUGGUCUAGGAAGGGUACAGGUCUGGGUUUUUCCGCCCCUUCUAAGUUCCUAAAAGAGGGAAAUGGUUUUCUUGGCUCCUGGCCUGGCUUUUGGUCCUUGCCUGUAGCCAAGUGUUGUUCCCAGCCUGCUGCUUGAGACAACUGGGCUAGCUCCUUACCUACCCAAUCCAGUGCCAUCCUAAUGGGAAGACCCAAGGCUUGUGAGCUGCCUCUUCAUUUCUGUAUCUUGCCCUGGCACUGUAUGGGAGAUGAAUGUGGCUAAAGCAGUGAUCUUGCUGGAUUAAUCCAUAGCCUAGACCAGGCGCCAUGGCUCGCUCCUGUAAUCAGCAUUCUGGAAGGCCGAGGCAGGAAGAUAGCUUGAGGUCAGAGGUUUGAGACCAGCUUGAGCAAGAGCAAGACCCUGUCUCUACUAAAAAUAGAAAAAUUAGCUGGGUGUUAUGGUGGGCACCUACAGUUCCAGCUACUUGGGAGGUGGAGGCAGGAGAAUCACUUGAACCCAGGAGUUUGAGAUUGCCAUGAACUAGACUGAUGCCAUGUUACUCUAGCCUGGGCAACAGAGUAAGACUAUCUAAAAAAAACAUUUUUUAAAAAUAAAAUAAAUGAAUAAAUAAAAACCUGGAGCCUGGGGACAGAAUGGGAUGAGAUGUUUUAUCCAGUGUUGCCUUGCCAAUCUGGGGAUAAGAUGACUGUUCCGGUUCAGUAUGUGAAGUAAAAGAAAAAUGUUUUAAAAUAAAACUGAAAAACCAAAA